AGGUCUUACAGCAGGCCACAUGGACGAAGUCCGUGGUAGAUACCCGCCAUUAAUGCUAUUUCUUCCCCUUCCUGUUGUCUUGCUCUUGCUCUGGAGCCACAGCGCGAUAGCUAAAAGUGGAGAGAAGCGUCAACGUUGACGAAAGAGCGAAGAGGACAGGCGCAAUUGCGGUUAAUAUGGUUGUGGGAGUCGUUUCUCGGUAUUGUAUUGGCCAGCGAGGGGUGAAUUCCUCUUAUUUGAAGUGAGGCGCCGAGGUUCGAGGGGAGGGAGAGGAGUUCAGCUGGAUUAUGCUGCAGAUUUCUCCUGAAAUUUAUACUGCUGAUUUCUCACGGUUGCGUCUGGUCAACUGUGUGCCCGUCAUUAAAAUCCCAGCUCUUUGUUCUUCUUCCGAAUUAGGGGACGGAGGUUCGGAAGGAGGACCAAAGGUUGGAGUUUUGUUGGCGUUGAGAUGGGAAGCUGCUGGAGCGGGAGGACCAAGACUGUCAGCCCUUCAUACAGCGCCUCUACCUUAGCCACAAGCUCAGGAACCAAUUCAAAGGAUAGCAGCAAGUUUGGAAGUGGAUUAUACAGCAGCAGCGGUCGCACUUCCUCAUCCUCUGUGCCUCCUACACCACGUAGUGAGGGAGAGAUUUUGCAGUCAACAAAUGUGAAGAGUUUUGCCUUCAAUGAGCUCAAAUCUGCCACCAGAAAUUUCCGCUCGGACAGUGUGUUGGGGGAGGGAGGUUUUGGUUCUGUUUUUAAGGGUUGGAUUGAUGAGCACACACUCACAGCGGUGAAACCAGGGUUUGGAAUGAUUAUUGCUGUGAAAAGGCUCAACCAGAAUAGUUUCCAGGGUCAUAGGGAAUGGUUGGCAGAAGUCAAUUAUCUGGGCCAGCUACAUCACCCAAAUCUAGUAAAGCUGAUUGGAUACUGUUUAGAGGAUGAGCAUCGCUUGCUGGUCUAUGAAUUCAUGCCUCGAGGGAGCCUUGAAAACCAUCUAUUUAGGAGAGGCUCACAUUUUCAACCACUUUCCUGGAGCCUGCGCAUGAAGGUUGCACUUGGGGCUGCUAGAGGACUGGCUUUUCUGCACGGCGCUGAUACAAAAGUCAUUUAUCGCGAUUUUAAAACUUCUAAUGUCCUUCUGGAUGCGAACUACUGUGCAAAACUUUCUGACUUCGGAUUGGCAAAAGAUGGACCUUCUGGAGAAAAGAGUCAUGUCUCUACUAGGGUCAUGGGAACAUAUGGAUACGCAGCUCCUGAGUAUCUUGCAACAGGUCACUUAACCGAAAAAAGUGACGUGUAUAGCUUCGGUGUGGUCCUUCUUGAGAUGUUAUCCGGCCGGCGAGCCGUGGACAAGAACCGCCCACUUGGGGAGCACAAUCUGGUCGAGUGGGCAAGGCCUUACCUCACCAACAAGCGCAAAGUUUUUCGCAUCUUGGACAGAAGGCUCGAAGGCCAGCAUUCAUUUGAAGGAGCUCAGAAAGUUGCCUCACUCGCCUUCCGGUGCCUGUCCUCAGAAGGGAGGUUGAGGCCUAGCAUGGAAAAUGUAGUGGCUGUUCUCGAGCAGCUUCAGAAGACGAAUGACACAGAGAAGAGAUCUCAACAAGAGCCAAAGAUAAACGCUCAGAGCUUUGAAAGUGGAUCUCAAAAGUCCAGUAUGAGAAGCUUGGAAGAGAGUGGCAGUGGGAAGAUGGCGUACCCAAGGCCCCUUCCUUCCUCUCUAUAAGGGUAGGAGCUUCUGUAUUCUUAGCUGGUACAUGUUUGUAUGAUUGUUGACAUUAGAGAUCUGGUUUUUAUCUCUUUUUGUUGAACUGUUUGAUUGUAUAAUAGAUCAUGUUGUUUAUUCUCUUUUGCCAGUUUGGUAAUAUCAAGAUAUUAAGGUUGAGGCAUAUAUGCAUACAUGAAUAUACUUGACUCGAUUUUAUUA